CACUGAGGGUAUGUCUCAUAUCAGUAUCUUGCGUAACGAAUGAGUUAGCUACAAGGAAGUUGUAUGUCAAAGGGACAGAACUUUGUCGCCACCCAAAUAGAACACGAUGGCACGUAUAGAGAUUGGAUUUACUUUUCUGAUGUUGGCUGUUGUUUCUCAAGCUUCGGAAACAUGCCUCAAGUCUAUUUCUGGGAGACCUUCUAGUGGAGUGAGCACGUAUUUGCAUUGUCCGAGCCAGUGUUGUGAUGGACAAGCUACGAGAUAUUGUUGUAGGAAAGAAAGUUUUCCUGUUGCUGGAAUAGCUGGGAUCGCCAUUGCAACAGGAGUUGUCAUCUUCAUCGUCUCGUGUGCUGUGCGUCAUUGGCGUAAGUCAAAGAGGACACAAGAGCAAAGAAGCGACUCAACUCUAUUUACAGUUCAGACAACACCCACAGGACCAUCACCUGCCGAAUAUACAGGACCACCGUCUUAUGAUGAAUGCGUGAGCAAGACGCCACCGCCUCCUCCACCCUAUAACAGUGUCGUAGAUGCCGUAUCUGACAGGGGUUGCUGAUGCUGGUCGUGCAGGACGUUCAGUUCACCACCAAAGAAAGCAUCAUUCUCUCAUUCAUUCAUUCAGUCAUAACACUGGGUUCUCCACCAUUGCUACAAAUUUAUUGAGUUAACCUGCAUUACAAUUACCCCAUUGUUAUUACUAAUAAUCUGCAUGUUGAACUGGCAAGUACUAUUAUAAUCACAUGUAUGUGGGCAAUGUUCAUGUGUAAAAGAAUCGAUAUCCAUCCAUGUGUGUUCUAAAAACAGCUUGAUCUACGUGGGAUACUUACUGUGACAUAUUUACUUGUAAACAGAUUAAACGUCCAAUAUGAUUUAUAAAUUCCCUGUUUCGAGUCACAGAGCUUCAAAGUUAAUUAACAAUACUGCAGCCGAAGCAAAAUUAUGAGUCCUUUGAUGGGAUUCGAAUCUCGAACUUUCACAGAUAAACAUAUUGUUCACAUGGCCCAAAAUGUUAACCCUCUCAGCAAGCAUGCUGGAGUAUUUGCUGUUUCCACGACGUGCUGCAAUCGACAGCAGGAGAUUACAGGUCAUUGAUGUUAUUAUAUUGUGUGUCUACCUGUGUUCUGAUGAUAUAAAACAUGUAAGUACAUACACAGUUGUAUUUUGUGCCAAUAAAGACAUUUUUGAUAA